AUAAAAGGGAGCCUCCAAAACUCGCCGUGCGACCGCAGCCACCACCCGAACCCCAGAAAGAAGCAGAUCGGCGGCGCGCCACUCCAAUCACAGGUAAGGAUAAAUGGCGACGGCUUCGGAUUCUCUGGUCUGGGAGCUUGUCAAGAAGAACAACUGCUUCCUGAUCAAGCAGUUCGGCAACAGCAAUGCCAAGGUCCAGUUCAGCAAGGAGCCCAACAACCUCUACAAUGUCCACUCCUACAAGUACUCUGGCCUCGCAAACAAGAAGACUGUGACUGUGCAGCCGGCUGCUGACAAGGAGAUGACUGUGGUCCUCUCCACAACCAAGACAAAGAAGCAGAACAAUCCUGCUGCCUUCUCCCACAGGACUGUCAUGCGCAAGGAGUUCCGCAAGAUGGCCAAGGCUGUCAAGAACCAGGUUAGCGAGAACUACUACAGGCCUGACUUGACCAAGCCUGCCCUUGCAAGGCUGAGUGCCGUUCACCGCAGCCUCCGGGUUGCCAAGUCUGGCGUCAAGAAGAAGAACAGGCAGUAGGCAUGAUGGGCCAAUGAGCUUAUUUUGUGGAUCUGUUGGUUUAUGUUUCCAACUUUCUAGAUUUGUUCUGAGUAUGAAGUUGAGUAUGAUGAAUAUGAAUUAUGCGCUCAGCAGAGAGUCCCAAGUUUUCGCAGUAGGUUCUAUGUCUGUACUCGUGACAUGUAUUGAAGCCUCUUAUAAUCAUUUCCACAACUAUUGGCUUCGUGAA